AUGGAAGAAGCUUUUUACCUUCAGUAUUCUCUAAAAUGCAUUAAGGUUGUUGACCACGAUGACACUGAACUGAACAGUGAUGAGGCAUGGAGGCAUAUGACAUCCAGGAGGGAAGAUUUUCCUAUCUUAUUCAAAGCUUUUUCUCACCUUAGAAGUAAGAACUGGGUGGUUAGAUCGGGCUCUCAGUACGGGGUAGACUUUGUUGCCUAUCGUCAUCAUCCUGCUCUAGUACAUUCUGAAUAUGCUGUGCUUGCUUUAUCUUCACAAAAUGGUAGUGCAAAUGAUCGCUUGAGGGUUUGGUCUGACUUCCAUUGCACUCUUCGACUUUGUGGUAGUGUGGCGAAAACGUUACUAAUUCUUGAUAUUGAGCAACAGCAAAGUUGUGCAACUUCUCCGUCGUGCUUAGAUAACUAUGUUGUUGAAGAGAGAACAAUCACAAGAUGGAGUCCGGAGCAAGGCCGCGAAACAAAAGCUAAGUUUGACCCAAGUAAAAAGUAGAUCGUCUGGUUCAAGAUUAACUCCUACUUCACAUGUUGUACUAGUUUAGCAAUUGUAAUGUGAUUUAGAAGCAUUACGAGUAAUACUAUGUAUUACUAUUAAUACUCUGCAUACUGUAUUUAUUCCUCCUACUUUGUUGCAGGCAUUUUGGGCCGACUUUUAUGCCCAGCAAAAUGUUUGGUUGCUGCAAGCCCCCUACAGAAUGUGGCUAUACUUACAUGAAUGAGAAAGUGUGGAGUUUCGGAGGAGGGCUGGUACGAGGUGAUCCAGAUUGUGUUAGAUGGAACAAUGAUCAACAGCAGCUCUGCUAUAACUGCAAUUCUUGUAAAGCUGGUGUUCUGGCAAGUCUGAAAAAGAGUUAGAGGAAAGUAUCUGUCAUCAACAUUGUCAUAUUGAUCAUUCUAGUCAGCAUGUAUAUUGUUGCCAUAGCAGCCUUUAGACACAACAAGCAGAUCGAUAACGAUGAGCCUUAUGGAGAAACCAGGAUGGAGAAAUCUCAACCUAGCAGGAUACACUUCUAAGAGCCCCCAUGACAAUACAGUAAACCUUGAAAUGUAUUCCCUAUGUUUGGCAUUUCUAUCUUAUUAGAACAACAUACUUUCUUCAUA